UUUCGUCGUCAGCAAACUACACCAGAACUGUUCAGACGUAAUGCUCUCGUGCGUACCAGCAGUUAUUUUUCUGUAUUGAAAUAUUCAACCGAUUUAAAAACUUACCCGAACAAUAAAAUUUUAAUUUAAGUAAACUUUUAGCAUGAAAUAAUGACCGACAGUCGUUCCCUUGAUUGUGUGACGUCGCGUUCAUAAGAAACCAAUACAAAUAAUGACUUAUUACGAAGAAGAGGAGCAGAAUGAUGGCGGACAAAAAGUGUUUACAUUAUUCUCAUUUAUGUUAGCCGUCACUUCCUUGCCAUUCUUUUGCUGCAGUUAUAUAAUAACCACAGCUAGCCGAUAUAUCCUGUUAAGAUGUCUGAAAACCGUUUAUCCAAAUUUAGAGUUCAUAAACACGGUGUCCAUUCGAUCAGCUAUGGACACUGCUAAAAACACUGGAUUCAUCGUAGUGCUGCUUAAAGUCAACGGCCAGUGCGAUUUAAAUUUAAUAAAAAAUGCAAUUCAGUCAAAUAUUAUAGAUAAACGAGAUCGAUUAACCGGCCGUUUGUGCUUUCCUCAUUUGACAUGUUGUCUCACCAGGAAAUGGUUACGAUAUGCUUGGUCAUCGGAUAAAAACUUUUCAAUAAACAACCAUGUGGUCAGUACACCAGAAGAUGUAAUCGUGACAGAGGAAAAUAUUCUAGAGUAUAUUAAUGAUAUUGUCAAAACGCAUAUACCAUCUAAACAACCUCAGUGGCAGAUAACUGUUGUGCCAAUCGAGGAUUCAUUUUAUCUUUUAGUGAGAAUGCACCACCUUUACGCAUCUGAAGAUGGAGUGGGAAUAAGCGAUCUUUUAUUACUUAAAUCGAACGAUUGGAAAUACACUGAGAAAUCGCCUGCACAUCAAAAUGAUGUUGACAGCAUACAAAAUAUAUUGUCUACCGUUUAUCAAGCGCCCACGGCAUUACCUCGGCUGUAUGAACACGUUUCGGAAAUUUGGACCAAUACGUGGAACGAGUUGGUGUCAACUUACGAUCCUUUAGAAAAUCCAAAAAUUCUAAAACAUCGUCCCAAUGCGUUCGUAUUCUCCGCCAUGGUUGCCAUAGUUAUGAUGUCUGCAUACAAAGACACUGGGUAUUCUUAUUAUCCGAAUAGUGUAAGAAAAGAAUUAGUUAAACGCAAUAUUCGCUGGCAUUACGCAUUGGAAAGCAUAGUGUACACUUUCCACCCGGCCUUGUGGAUUUCAUUCACGUGGUGGUUGAUGGUCAAAGGUCUAUUCCGGUUUCCUAUAACUGUUUUACUUAUGUUCAGGAAUACAUAUACGUACGUGUACUGGACUUAUGUGCUCAUGUACAGCGCCUCAGAAAUGCUUUACAUUUUCCGACUGGUUUAUAACGCACCUCGAACUGUUAUUCAAGAACUGGUGUUCCCAUUUUUCAGUCGAGAACAGAGAGUCGAGUUUUCUUUGAGUGGUAAAAAAUGUGUAUACUGGUCUGGACCAAUCGACAUGGCCGUAGUCAAUACCAUUCACAAUAACACAGGGGCGGCAACAUGUGAGAUACAGCUAUCCAUGUUGUCGGCUGCUUUACAAGAAUACUUUGAUAAGGCAAAUGUCAAGUACCCGAAGAAUGUGAUGACCACUACUCGGUUUGUAUCUAAAAACAACCUAUUUCAACUUAACGAUCGACGUGUAGUUUCUUAUGGUUUGCUAUCACUGCCGUUGCCCAUGGACAUCGAUAGUGAACCGAUUUAUUGUUUACAUAAGAUGCAAGAAUGUUUACAAGAAGCCAUAGCCAAUCAGACAGGAUUAUACAUAGCUUCCAUGUGGCAGAUUGACCAUAGUCUGGCUACAUCAUUCUUACCUUCUCCAUUUGUCAGUUAUGGACUGAGCUACUUAUCUAAAAAAUAUCCCUUAACGGUCACAUACGUAGAAGAAAAUAAAUGGGACAAUGAAAAGAGACGGUUGUUAUGGGAUCAAGAAGUAGAGGCGAUCCUAUAUUGGAGGCCACCUCAAGCAAAUGUCUGCUUAUCUUUGUCUAUGAUGAACUAUGGCGGAAAUCUCAGAUUAGCUAUUAUGGCUGAUGCAAAAAUGGCUCCAUUAUGUCAAGAGAUAGUAUCCAAAUAUGAAAAUAAUGUACAAGCAUUUGUCUUGGCUGCAGAAGAAUAUGCCAAAAUCGUUAACACGUCUGAUUAAUUUAAGUCUCUAUUACUAAUAUAUUUUAUUCUAUACAUUUCCUACGUCAAUUUAUAUGUAUUUUCUAUAAAAAAAAAUAUUGAAUUAACUAAAUUACAUGUGUUUUAUUUACAGUCACAGUCAA